AUGACAAAUGAGGAGAUUAGAAAGGCUUUUCUCUCCCUGGCCUGUGCCAUGACUACUCAAGAAAAUAUAUAUGUGAGGCCUAGGGUGAAUGCUAUUGAGAGUACCGUGGCCUCAAGGUUAAGGGAUUUCACAAGGAUUAACCCUCCUACCUUCUUUGGUUCUAAGAUAGAUAAGGACCCACAAAACUUUAUAGAUGAGGUGUUUAAGAUUGUGGAUGCAAUGGGAGUGACUCCUAAGGAGAAGGCGGAGUUGGCUUCUUACCAACUCAAGGAUGUACCUCAAGUGUGGUUUGAGCAAUGGAGGGAUGAGAGACCUAUAAAGGCUGACCCAAUAGAUUGGGGAGUGUUUAAGACGGCCUUUCUUGAAAGGGUGUCUAACCCUAAACAUCAAAAAGGGAAUGGAGGUGGUUCUACUUUUGAGAGGCCUAGGUGUGCUACUUGUGGAAAGCAACAUUUGGGCAAGUGUCUUGCCGGUACAGAUGAAUGCUUUGGAUGUGGGAAUAAGGGUCAUAAGAUGAGAGAUUUCCCUACACUUAAGGAAAAAGGAAAAGAGACCAAUCAAGUUGCUCAUGAUGGCCCAGAUCCAAAUGCUCCUAAGAAGAGUCGUUUUUAUGUGCUUCAAGCUAACAAGGAUAAGGGAAUGAAUGAAGAUUUCAUCGGGAACCAAGUCCGCGAUGCGAAGGUGUUCCAUGGAGUUUCUGGAGAUUAA